AUGUUUGGUGGUAAAUUCAUGGUUGAAAAUUUAGAACAGUAUGUUACUGUUUCUUAUGCCAAUGUUAUUGCAGCCGGUGAGCCUAACCAAGAGUUUGUAGCUAAUAAAAUCCCAAUUAGUGUUCUACACUGUAUGUUUAUUGUUCUGGUUAGCCAUGAACCAAGAGAGUGUGGAGAUUCUACGUAUUUUAAAGCUGGGUGUUAUCAGUAUAAUGCUCACACAACUUCUAGGAGUGUUUAUAUGAAAAUGAGAAUAUUCUUUCCCACUAAUGCUCCUCGAUUCUCCUACAUACGUGCUAAUAAUAGCAUUAAACCAAAUAGAACAUUUAUCAUAUCUGGGUUUGUCAGACGCAUAACCUCUGAUUUUACUAUACUUGAGGUUAUGGACAUUGACUUUAUGCCCACUAAUCUUAAUACGGUCCAGAAUGUGCAACCAAGUACAUCCGCAAAUGUUUCUGAACAUCGUUCAGAUAUUGAUACGAUCGCUGAAGAUAUCGAUUCCAAUAUCUCACAAGCUCCAAAAAGGCCUCGUGGGUUUGCAUCAAGAACUUUAAAUCAAAACGCCAGCUCAUCUACUACUAUUAAUGAAUCUGUUGUACAACCUCAAAAUUCAAUUUCUUCUGCUAAUUUUAGCGCAAAAGUUGAAGAUGCACCAGAAGAUGAUGAAUUGGAAUUUAUAAGUGAACAAAUUGUAGAAGAGGAACAAAAAAAAACUAAAAAUAAGAGAGCUUCAAAAAAAGCAAAAAAUUAA